AGUUACCUGAGCUGCCGCCGUCGUAGGUCUGUUAGUACAAAGUACGUACGAGGUAGUACCUUUGGAAGGUACCUAGGUACCUACCUUAUGUAGCCGUUACCGACCGAGUACUUCCAGACUUCGUACUUGCUCCAUUUGCAUCCGUCAUGACACAGUCACCACCAGUUCGAGCAACUCGUUUCUCGCCGCGAUGUAAUAAGUCGGCAUCUUGCUUGUACCACCGCGCUGCUGCUGGAUUCGGAGAACCCGUCUUGCACCCGAGUGGUCGCUAGCCGUCAAGUUGUCCGCUCCUCCACGACCCCCAUCGUCACACUGUCCCACACUUCUUGCCAACGUCCAAGAAACUCGACGGCGGCAUCGGCCCUCAGUUGCGGAAUCAUCUCGAUUUGAUUGUUCGUCUGCGGACCUGCCAGUCUCUCAGUCACCGUGGGCGGACUCUGCAAGUAUGCGUUCAGCGAUGCUGUGCGUAAAACCCGGGCUUGCUCAUCGUCGCUUGCCCAUCCCGAGAGUCAGCGCCUCAAUCUCACAAUCAGCCUCCUCGACGGGCUUUAUUAACUUACAAACGGCCGCCGCCUGUCGUUGUCGACGGGAUGGAAUAACCAGACAUUGCUAUAGCAUCAUCUUCAAAGGCUGACAAUGAUUCUUGCUUGAACAGUCAUCGGAAGCGGCCAUGAAUCUUGGUAUCCUGGUUCGAAAGGCAGAUCCAAGCCCGGUCGGGCUGCAGUAUUUAUCCUCCAUCUCACGGUUACAAACCGCAAGGUGACGGUGAGAUGGCACCAUCAAAAGCACCGAGCGCAACCGCCGUCCGCGCUGUCCUGAAGUCGUUGCAAACCGCUCCCGCCGAGAACGCCCCUGUGGCAUAAUGCACCAGCGAUUUGGCCGCCAUGUGCUGUUCCCAUUUCACUCUGGCUGUCUGUUGAAUCCUGGUGCGAGCCAGCCAAUGGUCGUCAAAAGCACGGCGUGCUCUUGCUGCAUGUCCUGCUCAGCCGCUCGCCUCACCUUUGGGGCUAAAGGAUCUCGGGGGCAAGAACGGCAUCUCCCCUCCCCACCAAGGACGAACCACCCGAACCCAGCGUGUGACACAACCUUGUCAUCUCGUUCCUGAUCUUCAACCGAUUGCCGGAACGAACCCUCCCGGGUGCGAAAGAGAGCGGGCGGCGGUGUCUGUGAGCUCGCGACACUGCUCGACGCUGUGUCCUGGCCGUCAGACGUGUUGCUAUCAAGGGCAUGGGCGUUUACAACAGCCUUCAGCCGCCCAGAGGCGCUGUCAUCUCACCGUCGACUCUUGAUCGGCCGACAGUCGACAAGUUCGAACGAAACCCCCCUUUAACGCAACCGGGCCUAAUCGCCAAAACCACGCCCUUUCCACAGCAGCGAACUGUCGCCUACCAUCACCAUGGAGUCUCCUGCAGAUGGCACGCCACCCAAGCGGCCUCGACUCGCCUCAAGAAAUAGCACCGAGAAGAGAUCCGGAUUGCGCGACGAGGGAGGCGACUCAUCCAGCAGCGACCCGCCGCCGCCACCAAAACCCGAUGCUGCAACCACUGCACGCCCCGUGAUAUUCGACUUCUUCAAGAAACCGCCUGGCAGUCGCUUAACGCUGGCAGAUUGGGAGACGAUAAGGCCAAAGUUUACCGAGCUAUAUGUCGCCGAGGGGAAGCCGAUCGGCGUCAUUGUCCGCAUGCUUGCCAAGGAUUUCGGCUUUCAUGCUACUCACGGACAAUAUGCCUACCGAGUCAAACGAUGGGGCCUCGACAACAUCCGCAAAGGAAAGAGCGCCACUACGUCCAAAUACCCGCGCACACGGUCAGCAGUCCGGAGUUCCAAAACUAACAAGGACCCUUUGGUGGUGCAGUUCGGUGAAGUGCUGGGUUCGAGGCUGCGGGCCAUGCCCGCCUUCGCGAGCAUCUCGGGCAAACUACCUGCGCGGGCUCCGAUAGAGCCCUCCAAGUCCACCGUGCAGAACUUUAUGUACGGGGCUCCAGAGUACAAGGAGAACAGGAGGACGGAGUUGGAGAAAGUAACGGCCUGGAGGAUGAUCGACAAGGGUCUGGAGAUGCAGCCAAAGCUCGGGACCCCUGCCCUACAUCUUGACGACGAUCACUGGUUGGACUCUUUGGGCCCCGACCCAACGCCCGACGAUAGUCCUGCAGAGGCUAUAAAGGCCCAUGGAGAGUAUCUAAGGCACAGCGGAGCAUUGUUCACGGACUCGGGCUAUGCAUCCGGUCCUAUGGCCAGGCUCUUCGGAGCAAAAGAUUCUGACCAAAAUCCAACUUCAGCAAACCCUAUCGGCGUUGCGACGAGCGUUGAAGACGACACUCGGACCUGGUAUACAGGACCGUCAGCAGACGACAACGUCACCACCCAGCACUACAUCCAAGAGCUUGCUAGUAGCAUAUACAGCAACCUUCGGCUCAAGGAGCACGGUGGGCAGUGGGAGGACGUGGGCUACUGCGCAACGAAAUUGCUCAAGGCCUUUGCCAUCAAGCUGGGUCACUCGUCAAACGAUCCGAUGCAUCUCAAAGCCAUGCGCUUCAUCCACAGACAUUGUAGCGAAGUUGCCGAUCACAUUGAAAUGCUAUACCGGCAUGGAAACGAUCCGGCGGAGACCCAAAGAGACAAUUCUAGUGACAUGUCGCUAUCGGAGAAGAUGGCCUUGUGGUCCAGAAACGAGGGCUCAGUGACACAGGGCCCCGAAUGUGCAGACGCUUCCGUCAUGGCAGACGAGGACUUGCCCGACUCUGAAGCAGGAGAGGAUCGGCUUUCCGAUGGUUCUGAACAAAUUGGUGUCGACGGUGCUAACGCUGCGGAGCUGUCUGCAUACAUGAACCUCAUCCUCGACAGUCACGCUUACAAGUGGCUGCUGUCCAGUUUGAGGAACGAGACGCUGUUGACAGCCACCACCGGGGGAGGACAGUCUGGCGACGAGAGCAUCAAAGCCAAGAUACUAGACAAGCUCCCCCGGUGCGAGAUCAGCAGGCACAAAGCCCCCAUGGUCUACAAUGUCGUAUUUGAGCUCACGUGGAAUCUAAGCAGCUUCUUACACCUUCUCAGAGACAGAAGUGGUUCCUCUCUGGCCGACGACUGUUGCAUAAUCGGAAGCUCAGGUUCUUUCCAGGCAAUGCACUCUUUACCAUAUUUCAAGCAGACGUGGGCGAAUGGCGCGGAGCGCCUCCAUCGAUUGUUAAGCCGAACGUUGGCUUCGCAAGUCCAGCACGAAAAUAUCUUUCUGGAACUCCUCCCAGACAAUAGUUCCGUGGCUUCAUGGAUGGGUGGCUCGCGGUUGUACCUCAAUGCGCGGGGCCCUGCCUAUUCAGUCGCAGAAUACGGCGAGCAGUUCUCUUGCCUCAGCGCCGCAUGGCUAUGCCGGGCUCUGCAGCAGGAGACGCAUCACUGGAACGGGUACUGCAAACCGACCAUCGUCGCCACGGACCUCAAAGGCGACACUCACCUUAACAAUGACAAGACGCCGCCAACGCAACGUGCUCUAUUUAAAAUCGGCUUUCAAUUUGGUCGUGAAGACCAUGACGUGACCCGUACGGGUGUAGGAACCUGGCGAGGCCUUUUCCGAAACCCCGUCAUCAUCAAGGGCUUUCCAAUACCUCGCCGUCCAGAGUCUUGCCCCGGACUCGAAGUUUCAUUCAACAUGAUGAAAGAGCUAGUCGGGGCAGGGAGGCUUCAGAAAGCCCGCGGGAGGGUCUGUAUCAAAGGAUCUCGCGGCGUGCUGGCCUUGUCCCGACUACUCCAAGACAUCAUUGUGUGGACCGUGGCUCUUGACUUGAGCGAGGAUCCCCUAUUUACAGCCAACAAUGCUGUUUUGUCAGCGGAGCAACUGGAUAUCCUUGAUCUUGCUUCGUUGGAGACAGCCCCGUGCAGGCACAUUAUUCUUGAUCACCUGGACUACGAAGUGCCCAAAAAUGUGACCGAGCAUCCCCUUUUCGGAAGGAACCCAAGCAAAUACACCGCGGAGAAUUACUGUGACGAAGAUUUUGCGACGGCGGUACCAAAACAUGGCAAAGUCAACUUGCCUUUGUAUUGUGGCACCUAUGAGGGCGGACUAAACAUGGAGACAGAGAGCACGAGAUCCAAACUAACCCAAAGCUCGAUUACCAAAAGGUUAUUUGUCCUACCCGAUGAUCGACAUGCUUCCGAAGCAACUGUUGGGGGCGACAAGGCCGUAUCUCCGGGAGAAUCCCCAAAUGUCACCACAGUAUCUUUGGACUCGCUAGACUCGGAUAUGCUGUCCGUAUCGGACUCGUCUGAGCGGCUCGAUCCCUUCGGGCUGGGUCCGGCCGCCUGCGAGAUUCUCACUGGGGUACUUCACUCUCUUCUGGAGGAAUGGCAGGCCUGGGUGAAGAACUGUCCGCAGACCAGCCGCGGAACGCGCACAACGGUAUCGUCACAGCCGACAGAAUCGUCCUCGUCGAUGACCAGUCCAUCACAAAGUCGCAAAAGAGACAGAUCCUCGGACGAACAAGACGAGGACUAUCCGCAGCGGGGCUCACCCGGCCUGGCCACCAAGAGAGCCAAAUCCGAUGAUACGACACGUAAGUUGUUCGCCUGUCCGUUCUGGAAGAAGGGCCCCUCGGCACACCAAGUCUGCUUUUCUAUGAAGCUAGCGAGGAUCCGGGACGUGAAACAGCACCUGGCGAGAAAACACACCCCGAAUCACUACUGCGAGAGGUGCUUUCAGGUCUUUGAGCAGAAGCCGAGCCACACUGCGCACGUUAUGUCGGCGGAGUCGUGCCAUCCCCGUCCGCUGGAGACGCUGGACGGCGUCACCAACGAACAGCGUAAGGAGCUCAGUAAGAAGUCGAAGCGAUCCCAGACGCCCGCGGAGCAGUGGUAUGCCGUUUGGGACAUCCUUUUCGGCGAUGCGCCUCGGCCAGAGUCGCCGUACAUGGACUUUGAGCAAUCACAGGACUUUGACAGCUUCAGGCGGUUCUGCUCGCCUCGCGUAGGCGCUGUGCUCGCCGAACAGCUCACUGACCAAGUCCUCACAGCGAUGCUGGAGACGCCCGUGUCUGAGCGGCUGCCGACGAUCCUGCAGCUGAUUGAGAGCGGCUUUCGGGUGGCUUGGGAGAGUUUCGUGGCCAGCUCCGCGGCGAGCACAGAACAAGACGCGACGCACGCGACAGGCGGACGUUCCAUAGCCAACGCAUCUCCUUGGGUCCCCCGGGCUCCAACUCGGCCUCUGUUGUCGACCUCCUCUUCGGAAGAGCUGCAGCUCCCAACCGCACCUGGGCUCCCCGAACGACCUAUGCCAGGGGUUUCGGCAUUGGCAUCGGCACCCACAUCAGGUCCACGGCACGUUGCGCAACAAAGUACCGAGACGCGGCAAGAAACAACGGUUGAGGCUGCAAAUGAGGCCGCCGACGAUGCACAGUAUGUGAGCUAUUUCGAUUGGGAUGGUCUUGGGGCGUACGCCUUUCCCUACGCCUUUGCCGACGACUCGUUGGAGCCCAACAUGUCGGUUAGCAGGUUCUUCGACGCGGAGCCUUUUGACUUGGUGCCAAACUUGGACCCUGGAGUGGCCUGACUGGCUACGUGCCCCGUGAAGUCCAGGGCGAGAGGCGCGGGGGGCUGUUGAGAAGACUCUCGACGGAGCUUCCUUGCGGAAGAUGGCGUGUGACGCGAGCAACACUGGAGCAAGGAGAGUAAAGUCUGCUCCAUCGAUGACAUUGGUGGGAUCGAAGUAAAUACUGUGGCUGUAUACUUGUAUUUAUCUGUAGAGAUGAAACUGGUAUCGUGUUAUCGGUGACAGAUGGAGAUGGGGGUAUAGAAGCCGUGGUGUCAGACGGCCGGGCAUCAAGAUAUGGAGCUACAUGACAUGCAAAUGCCGGCGCAAGUACAAGGC